AUGUCCCUCAAUGUACUCAUAUUUGGGGCUACGGGUCUCUGUGGCUCUUCUUUUGUCAAAUAUGCUGUAAAAGAACGAGCUCUUUCAGUGACAACCAUUUCUAGGAGAAAGCUCACGGUUUCUUAUGAACCUGAAAAGGUUAACAGCGUGAUUGAGGAAAAUUCUGAAAACUGGUCACAUCUAAUACCACCGAACACAGAUAUUGUGCUUUCUGGGCUUGCCACGACCAGGGGGGAAGCAGGAAAGGAAAACUUUUAUAAAGUUGAUCACGAUUUGAACUUGGCACUUGCCAGAGCAGCGAAGAGUCAAGGAUGCACUACGUAUGUUCUCGUUAGUUCGAUAGGGGCUGAUGCAAAUUCGAUGUUCUUUUACUUAAAAACUAAGGGAGAAAUCGAGCGAGACGUCCUUGCGCUAAACUUCGAUAGAACUAUCAUCUUGCGCCCUGGUCCAUUAGUUGGUGAAAGAGACAAAAGCAAGGGUUUAUUCAAUGCAAUUGUAGCAAAGCUGGGAGGUCUAUUAUACAAAACAAGUUUACAAUCUUUGCUGAGUUAUCCUGUUUACGGAGACGAUGUGGGUAAGGUGGGGAUAAAAUUGGCCUUGGACUCAACUCAUUCUGAAAAGGUGCAAAUUGUAGAGAGCAAAGAGAUUCUAAAACUACUUACUUAA